CGAGAGUUGAAACGUGAGUGGACGCAGAGAGAGUGAAGGAUGCUAGGUCCUCAAACAGGUGAAUCAGAUCUGAGCGCACCUGGGUUCAGAUACAAUGGCUCGAUAAACGUGUAGAUGUAAAGAGGAUAUGCGGGACAUUUUAUGUUGCGAAGGUCAUGGGUAUUCUACGACUCUUGGAAAGAGUCCUAAUUGUCCAAACAUGUCCUAUGAAUCGCUUAGCUGUACGGUCGCUCUCUGCCGAUGUCUGUCAAGUUUAGUAGUCGACGUACCAGGAUUUAGCGGGAAGAAUCCCCUCAAUGAAGACUGGAUCCAGUAUAACUGUUUACAAGUACAAACUAGAAAUGGAAUGAACGCCGAGAGAGAUACAAGAGGGAUUGAAAAUAUGCAGACCCAACUCCAAAGCACACGAAAAGAGAACCUCUAUCAAGCGGGAAUGUGAUGAUACUCCGUGACAAAAAAAUCUGUACUGGAAAUCCAUGUCGAAAAUGAUAGACCUAGUGGCCUCAAGUCAUCGCAGCGCGCCACAUCAGAGUCCCCCUGUAAGUU